AUGUGCUCCGUGCAUCUGCAUCCUCCCAGAUCCACGAGCAAGGUGGCCUACCUGGAGUACCUCGCCCCGUUGAAAGAGAUGCUGACACGUCUUGCCGAUGGGCCACUGGCAGCAACCCUGCUUGGGGAUUUCAACACGUCCCCUGAAGACUUUGCCUCCAUGACGGCCGAGGAUCCUUUCUGGCGUGAGUUUGCCGCCGUGGCGCCGGACGGCGAGAAGACAGCCUCCGGAACCAACCCUUGUGACUCGAGCUGUGCUGGGUUGUGCUGGUCGGAGUUGAUCCAACAGCAUGACCUCUUCACCGAUGCAGUGAAGGCGAAGUGGGCGACUUUAUGCUUCACCGCGCUGGUGAAGAAACGACAGGUCCUUGGCGCUGCCACGCUGAGGGCGACGGCUUUUCCGCUUUUGACCGGUUUGGCCUCGCAGUCGUCGCUGACGCACAUCGCCGGCUCCCAUGGCUGCGGGCGCAGCGUGCAGCGAAGGGCGCUGCCGAAGGUCUCGGGCGCGCUGCUCGGGACUUGGAGGCCGGUGCAGCGACUCCCGCGCCUCCCUGGCCGCACAUGGCUCGGCGCCUUGACAAAUGCUGGCGGCCGGCGCCGCCUCCCCGAAAGGAAGCUGAAAGCGAGCAGCUUCUGUGGAUGUGGCGGCACGGAGGAGAAGGAGUGCGGCGUUCGACUUUAUGAGCGCCUGCCUACGGGCAUUGCGUCCCAGCUUGCGAACUGCUGGCGCUUCGUGGCAACUGUCCCUCAGCUCAGCAGAGCGAUCUCGAGCAGAAAGGACCUCGGUGACGAAGUGAGAAAGGACUCCUUCUUUGCCAAGAGGAGCCGGGAAGACUUCGAGGAGAUCGUAACCUUCCUGGCGUCAGUCCCGCUGUUCAAGAACCAGCUUCCUAGAUCUGAACUGCCGAAGGUGGCCAGGAGUCUCAAGCGGAAGGUAUGGGAGCCUGGCACGGAAAUUGUCAAGCAGGGGGACUUAGGCAAAGCCUUCUUCCUCAUCAUGUCAGGCGAGGCAGACGUCCUCACGCGGAGUGCUGACAGCUGCAACGAUCACGUGCGCGCGACACUGAGGAAGGGUGAUUACUUUGGCGGACGGACUCUGUUGGAGGAGCGAAGCAACGUGGCAACCAUCCGGGCUAGUGGCGAGGCCAGCCUGGUGACUUUGUCCAUGUCAAGGAGAGCCUUCCAUGACACAGGGAUUGACAAGCAAUUGAAGUUUCCAAAGCGAGCUGCCAUCUACAAUGAGCAUCCCGCGGCAGCGACUCCUGGGGACUUCCGUCAGCAAAGAAUGGGUAAGGCAACCUUAGGCUACAGCAGCACCCAGGUCCGAAACAAUGCGAACCUGCGGGCGCUGAUUGAAACGGAUCAGGAGCAGCUCAGCAAAAUCGCAGCCUGUGCGGAGCAGCGGAUAGUGGAGAAAGGCACUGAAGUCGCGAAGCGUGGCGAGGUCGGCGAUGAGUUCUUCAUCAUUCGAGAGGGCUCCUUUGACAUUGUCCUGGGCCACUGA